UGUGUAGUUGUUGUGUAGUGCACUCCGUCUCAUAUCUCUUUGGAUCACGUCAUGUGUGAAAGGACGAUACAGUACUAAAGAAACAGGCGUUACUCGCAUCUGACCUGUAGUAUUCUUUGUUUUAUUAUCGAAGCCAUCAUUCGUUAUGGAAACGGUAUUUUGCGACCAGGAUUUCUGAUCACCCAUUGCUACAGGUACCCAGUGAAGAAAAGUUAUUGAUCUCUUACAACCGAUAUUUGGUACUUACCUUGUUUUCACCUUUAUGUUGCCCCACGAAAGGUAAGUCUAUACAUAGGACACAGCAUUUCACCUUAAGUUUAUGUUUAAAAUGGAAAACUGGUUUAAUAAAUUUAUUUAAAAAGAAAACACCAUCUGACAGUGGGAUACUGCACUCGAUUAAUUUAAGGCGGGGCGGUUGGGGGGGGGGUGGUGGACGAACAAUAAAAUAUCUGAACAGUAACUAUUGCCGGAAAACGUAUGUGACUCAGUUAGGAUUCUUUCUGUUUACUCCGCACCUUGGGGGUAUUAAUGGCAUAUAUUUAGUUGGAUACUGCACUCGAUUAAUUUAAGGCGGGGCGGUUGGGGGGGGGGGUGGUGGACGAACAAUAAAAUAUCUGAACAGUAACUAUUGCCGGAAAACGUAUGUGACUCAGUUAGGAUUCUUUCUGUUUACUCCUCACCUUGGUGGUAUUAAUGGCAUAUAUUGAUUAGGUCAGAAAUUUAAAAAAAAAAUAUAAAGAAUAACGCUGUAGACCAGUAUCGAUGAAAUGAAGUGGUGCAGUCAAGGUAUAGGAUGAACCAGCGUCUCCAAAAUGUCGGGUCACGAAAGCGAAAUUACCGGGUCGUCGAAAGAAUUUUAAAAAAAACGGAUACCGGGUCACGAAAAAAAAAAAUUUAAAUUUAAAAAAUUAAAAUUAAGGGAACGUUGGGAUAAACUAGUUAUGAUAAUUAAAGGACUGCAUUCAAGACCAGUAAAUGUAACAGCAAAACAAGGUAUUUGAAAGUUUGAAAAUUUGAGAACACGAAAAAAUGUCCCACUUACGGCGACAACAAUGGAUAUUUCUUGAGUUGUUUACUGUGCUCUGUUCUUUGUGAUAUUUUCAUUUGUGCUGUGCGCUUAAGAAGGCUCUGUGCCGAAACGUUCUAAUAUUUUUGUCCCGUUCUCAAAUUCAACCCUUCCACAUACCUCGUUUUGCUAUUUGACAAACAGACUAGUACGGUGACUCACCCCUGGUGGUCCCUAGUAAUAAAUACAUUGAUAAACUAACUAGUACGGUGACUCACCCCUGGUGGUCCCUAGUAAUAAAUACAUUGAUAAACUAACUAGUAUGGUAGGGUGACCAAAUCUUAAAAUGGAUAAAAUUGUUACACUCCCCAGGAGGGUUUUGGGAGCGAAAGAGGGGAGCGGAGGUCUCCGCCGGAAACUGUUUACUGAACUGUGCUCAUUUCAACUAUUUUGAGACCUAGCCAUCUUUUUAAAGUUACAUUUAAAUUAUUUUUUUUUAACUUAAACUUUGAGGUAUAUCAUAAACGAAAUCAAUAAUUUUGCAGUGAAUACUUAUUAUCUAUACAUAUUUUACAACAUAAUUGGAUCUAUAGAAGGGGCACUAUCGAUUAUGCUGCGCCUUCAGCGUUGUGAAGGGGGAACAGUGCAGUCAUCAACCGAGCCCACAUUACCACUGGCACUGGCUUCAAAGCUAGCCAAAAUUUUACUUAAUGUUAUGUUAUAAAUGAGGAAGUUUGAGUGAUAUGAGAAAGUGUUUGGUUUUAGAAACGGGAUAUUUAGGCGUCCCGAAAGACUUUUUCAGGACACCGGGUACUAUCGUCAACAAACGAAACAUUCCCGUUUUUAAGGGACGUGUGGUCACCCUACAGUACGGUGACUUAGCCCUGGUUGCCCCUAGUAAUAAAUACAAUGAGCUUUUACUUAUAAUAUCAGAUCUGGAAUAUUUUUUUUAAAGACGAAUCCCCAAAGAUCCUUGUGAGUACGUUCAGACAUAGAUUGGUUGAAAGAAAGCGGUAACGCUACACAUAUGGAUCUAAAACAUGGUAAUCAGAUCAUGGCUUCAACCAAACAAGCAUACAUUUUCAGUUCAAUAAACUAGGAAUCCACCAGGAAUCAUUUGAUUUCAAAGUAAGACGUCCAACGAUCGCAAUGUUAAACACAAGUGUUAUGAGUUUUAGUGAGCUGGGAAGUUUAUUGGUGAGAUCUACAAUGGAGUCUAUGUUAAAAGUAUCGCGAUUCUAAAGAUUUUUCUUAUUUUUGUAUCUAAUUCAUCCGAUAGUCGUCUGAUAUUCACCGGUGUGUUGUGUAUUUAUAGAUCCCGAAACAAUUUCAUUAACACAGUAGUCAGUGAGUCAGUGGUGUAGUACCGCCGACAGCUUGUGUUAUGACAUAUCCAGCAUAUGGUUCAUACACACAGGCAAGAACACGCCUGACUAUAUUAGGAAAAACUGCUUAUAGCGGAACUAACGCUGUUGUACUGGAGAGUGCACGCUAUUUAUCAGUUAACCUUGCAGAUGGAGCGGGUAUGACCUCUUUAGAGCAUGAUGCAUAAAUAUGAUAACAAUAGCUUUUUCUAGACUCACAGUAACUGCCAAACUGAAUGCAACACUUCUAAAAUUGAUCUAAUUAAUCGAAAGAAUCUUCUUUAAAACAAUUUUAGUAAAAAAUUUAAAUCAUUUGAUUAACAGUUUUUCCGCUGGAGGAAGGUGCAGUGAAAAACGUUUAGCACGAGACUGAGGGGACAGAAAUAUUUCUUCGUAGUUAAAAGAAUUUCCUGUUAAACGAUGCAUACAAUAUAUAAAUAUAUCCUCAUCCUCAUGUCCAUUAGUCCUUGAACCGUUGGGCCGCCAAAGAUGACAUGUGAACCAUCCUCAUCCAUUCGUCUCUGUCUUCAGCACUACGCACUACAUCGCCCAGUGCUAGUCCUGUCCACUCUUUGAUGUUAUCCUCCCACCCUUUUCUUAAAUUUGUCUUCCUCUUCUUCUCCCUCCUCUUGUGGUGCCCUGCAAAUAUUUCUUUGGCAAGCCCUAGUCUCCUUGUUACAUGGCCGUACCAUUGUAAUUUGCGUUUUUUCACAGUCACAAGUAGGUCAUCGUACUCCCCAAUUGCCUGGCGAACCCUUUCUUUCACUGAAUCAUUGGAGAUAUGGUCCCUAUAGCAAAUGCCCAAAAUGCUUCUGAAGCAUCUCAUCUCCAUCGCCUUUAUUUUCAUUUCAAGAUCGGCUGUUAGUGUCCAUGAUUCGCCGGCAUACUGGAAAAUGGAGAGGACUAAUGAGCGCAUCAGGCUGAUUUUGGUGCUGGGGGCUAUAUUUUUGUCAUUCAAUAAUUUUCUUGAGCUUUUUUAGUGCUGUUGUAGUCUGCGCAAUCCUGGACAUCAGUUCGGGCUUGGAGCCUUCUUCUGAGACUAUUGCUCCUAGGUAUUUGAAGCGGCCGACAGUCUCUAAUCUUUUUUUCCCUACCUUAAUUUCAGUGGUGAUGCCUGCGGUAUUAUUUGUCAUCAGCUUUGUCUUUUCGGCAUUGAUUGGCAUGCCGUAGGAGGACAAGGUCUUAUCGAGAAGCUUUACCAGGUUGCUAGAUCUUCUUCGUUCCCAGCCAGCACAUCUAUGUCGUCCGCAAAGCAUAGGUUGGUGAUUGUUUUGCCACCAAUGCUGACUGUUCCUUCAUGCGGUUCCAGACCAUCUGACAUAAUUCUCUCUAUGUCGUCCGCAAAGCAUAGGUUGGUGAUUGUUUUGCCACCAAUGUUGACUGUUUCUUCAUGCGGUUCCAGACCAUCUGACAUAAUUCUCUCUAGGAAGAUGUUGAAUAGGGUGGGGGAGAGCAGGGAGCCUUGUCGUACUCCAAGCGUGGUGUUGAACCAUUCCCCGAUGUUGUUGUUGUGGAAGACUGCACUGGUGGCCCUAUCAUAGAGGUUGCAUAUCAUGGUGGUUAGGUUUGUGUUGAUGUUGUAGUGCCUCAUGGUGGCCCAUAAAGCAGCAUGCCAAACCCUGUCAAAUGCUUUCUUGAAGUCCACAAAGACGUGGUAUAGAUUUUGUUGGUGUUGAGCAUAUUUCUCACAUAGUAUUCGUAGGUUUAGAAUCUGCUCAGUAGUGCCCCGUCCUUGUCUGAAGCCCGCCUGUUCUUCAGCAAUGAUUCUGUCGGCAUAUGGUCUUAGUCGGUUCAACAUGAUCUUCAGCAUGACCUUGCUUGGAUGGCUUAUUAGGCUAAUUGUGCGAUAGUUUUGGCAUAGCUGUAGGUUACCUUUUUGGGGAGGGUGACGAUGAGUGAUUGGGGCCAUGGUUUGGGCAAUUCUCCUGUAAGCCAUAUUUUGUUACAAAUAUUGAAUAGGGCACUUAUCAUUGCUUCCCAUCCUUGUUUCAUCAACUCGGCAGGGAUAUUAUUCACGCCUGCGGCCUUUCCUGUUUGGAGUGCCUGGACUGCUGCUUCUACUUCUGCGCGGAGAAUAGGGUAGUUAUCAUUGUGUGUUGCUGGAGGGACAUUAAGAAUCACUGGGUUUAUCUUAAUACUUUCACUAUAAAGCUCUGAACAGUAUUCAGCACAUCGUUUGAUGAUAUCAUUUUCUUCGGUCAAACAUAUACCAUUUUUAUCCUGUAUGGUAGUACUACGCCCUUGUUUUGCUGUGGUUAGUUCUUUCACCAACUGGUAAGCUUUUUUGCAAUUGUUUUUCUUCAAGCAGUUUUCAAUGUCGUAGCAUUGCUCUUCAGUCCAGUUCUUCUUUGCGUUUUUCAUACCUUUUUUGAUGGCUUGAUUAACUGUCCUAUAUUUAAUGGCCCACUCUAUAUUUACCAUUUUUGUUUUCUUUAACUGCCUCCGUUUAUCACACAGAUUAAGUAUGUCGGCUGUCACCCAUGGUUUUCGGGUUGGUCGAUGUUUACCGAGGAUGUCAUGAGCUGUGUCCGUCACAGCUGUGUUGAAGUUAUCAAUCAAUGUGUCUAUGUCUGAACAGUCGACAUCUAUGAUGUCAAGCGCUGCAAAUGUUCCCCCUGGUAUUGCUUGGAAGGCUUCUGCUACUUUAGGAUCCUUCAGGUUUUCAAGGUCGAAUUUGAUUCUGGUAUUUCCUUUUUAGUUUACCCUCUUUAAGUGCAGUCUAAAGGUCAUCAUGACUAGGUCGUGUUUGCUCCCGAUGUCAGCUCCAGGGAAACUGCGAGUCUUGGCAAUGUUUAUAGUAGACCGGAAGCUUGUUUGCAACAUUAUGUAGUCAAUCUGGUUGUGGUGUUUCCCAUUGAGGCUGUGCCAUGGGGUUUUCCUGGACAUUUUAUGUUCACCCAAUGUGUUGGCCAGAAUGAGUUCGUUGAAGCUGGAGAAUUCCAAAAGCCUCAGACCUCUCUCGUUUGAAGUUACGUUACAGUGGCGUCCACACGUUUCUUUCCAGUUUUCAUUGGCAUCUUCUCCUACCUUGGCAUUUCAAUCACCUUGAACAACGAGAACGUCCUUCUUGGGUGUUUGGUUUAUCACAUCCUGUAGCUGGUGGUAGAAGUCGUCAACAUCUUCGUCUCUAUAAUCUGUAGUUGGUGCAGACGCCUGCACGAUGGUGAUGUUGAAGGUUGUUGCCCUUAGACGAAGAGUGAUGAGCUGGCUCGAAGCCGGUCGACAGCUCAUAAUACUGUUCUUAAUGUUUUUAUGGACGAGGAAGCCAACUCCUUGUUCGUGUGUGUCCUCCCGUCCACUAAAAUACAGUAUGUGGCCCUCCUUGGUCGAUAUUUCUCCAAAGUUUUUCCAUCUCAUUCCGCACAGACCUAGGAUGUCCCAUCUGUAUCUGCUCAUUUCAUGAACUAAUUCCUCCACCUUGCCCGUUUCUCUCAACGAUCUCACGUUCCAGGUACCUAGUGUAAUGUUAUUCCUGGCACUGAUACUGUUUCUUGCCUGACCAGUAGCAUAUUUUCCACCUCCGUCCCGGUCAACGACGUUAGGCGCGGUCUUUGGUAACCCGGGAGACGGCCGAUCCGGUACUGAUUGCGAAUCUGUUCUCCUGUACAUGUAGCGUAUGUAGGCCAGUUGUCGCAUGGCGGCGCCCAUCCCUCUCCAUGCCUUUUGUGUAUAUUAUACCACCAUCUUGUUGUGGCCUACAUUUAUAUGUUUAUAUUCCCUCCACUUCUUACUCCCGUGAACGCAUAGUUCUCUAAUGUAACAUUGCCGCCAUGAUUUAUUCACAUGUGAACUAGAGGGUCCAGUAUGGCCAUGGCAUCCAACUCACCAUACAGAAGUGUUGACAGAGUGGAAGAGGUCAUCAGGGAAAAUUACCCAUACUUGGUUCAAAACCUAAGGAUAUUUGAGUUGUUAACAAGUCGUCACAGUUUUAGAGGAAUCAUUUCAGGUAACUGGCGAGUUCUUAAAAAAUUUGUUAGUAUGAGUGAGUGCCAACUGUGCUAUGAUAAAUAUGUUACAGAGCAAGAUAGAAAUGGCUGCCAAAAAAUAAAUAACGAACAAAAAAAAUCUAGAAUUAAUUGAAACAGUUUAAUUAUUUAAAGUGGAGACUAAUUUUCUUGGUAAAUACAAUUAUACAUUUUUUUUUUUGAAAACGAGACGUUUGUUUUAAAGUCAUGCAAACUGUGUUUAUGCUCUUAAUGUGGAAAAAAAUUAUGCUGAUGAUUACCAUUUAAAAAAAAAGGAAUCCGAAUUGCGAUUAGUUUUUAUCAGUUGAAAUGGCAUUACAAAUUUUGCUUCUUUGUUUUCAAUAGAUGAAUUGGAGUUUGAGAUCAUGGCCAAAGAAACAGAAGAGAGGCAAACCGUUGCCAGCCGCUUCAUCAAUGCAUUUCUGGAGUCAAAAGACCCAGGCAAAGGGCGCGUUUUAAAAGAGGCCCUCGAAGCUCCAGGUGACGUUGAUCACUACUUCCAAUCAUUUGUUGACAAGAUUUGACAUUAUUUUAUGUUUUAUGCUUUAAUUUAAACGGAUCUGUUGUUUAUUGUAUUGUGUUGUCAUGCUAAAGAAAGCGUCUAGCAAUCAGGUCCGCCUUAAUUGUCUUGAUUUUUUUCCCCUGCCUAAACAUGUAUUGUUCCACUAUUGAUUUACUAGAUGGACUGAAUGCAUUCCCCCGUAUAUUAUAUAUUAUUUUAUUUGAACGACUGCCAACAGAUAUAAAUUUACUUUUCUAUUAAAUAUUAAUCAUGUAUUUUUUUAUAGAUUACUUUGUAACUGCAAAAUCCAUGGAGGGUUUGUCCGAGAAUAAUUUUUUUGUUGCCACACGUGAUCCACUCGCUCGAUCAACUCAGUAUUUUUCGUGCUGGCCUGUUAGGUCUCAUCUGAGUUGCUUACACAGAGUUACAGCUCCUGAAUGCUGUGUCGAGUGAGUGGCUGGGGGUGUUGGGUAGUUAGUGCCGGGGAAAUAAGAAAAGGAAAUUUUAAAAAUAUAUUAAAAAAUAUAAAAUAUAAAUAUUUUGUAUUUUAAAUUUCAAAACAAGUUGUUUCACCGCAGUUAAAAGGAGAAAAUAAUCGUUUUAAAAAAAUCAAAAUGCUUUGUGCGAAGAAAGUCUGCAGAAAUUUUUAAAAAAAAAAUACUUUUGAAGUUUUGUAUAUAUUUUCUGGGUUUGUUGUUUGGUUGCUUAAGGUUAGUGUUACCCGGUAGCCUUCCAGCAAAAUUAUACAACUGUUACUCUGUCUGUACAUACUUCAGGUUGAAAAUAUCUACAGUACAUACACCGGUAUGUUGUGUGUAUUUUUAACUAGCAUUCUGGCCAUAUGGCUGAUUGGAGCUUUAUGGCAGAUAAACAAUGAUAAAGGCGUAAUAAAAUAUUUGCAACUUUAGCAUCAGUGGGGAAAGGGUUAGCAUUAUUAACCAGCUAUAAUUUCUUCUUACUGAGCUCAUUAAGGGAUAUUAGUUGACAGGUAACAUUCAGCCAUUCGUUGUAAAAUGUGAUCGUGGCUAGUCGAGAUGAGAUUAUUCGAUCCUUUCACUGAUUACAUUCUAACGACACCCUCUAACGACACAUUCUAAUGACACCUUGUAACGAAACUCUGUAACGACACCUUCAAACAAUACAUUCUAAAGACACAUUAUAACGACAAACUGUAAUGACACCCUCUAACGACAGAUUCUAGCAACACCUUGUAACGACAACCUGUAAUGACACCCUCUAACGGCAGAUUCUAGCGACACCUUGUAACGACAACCUGUAAUGACACCCUCUAACGACAGAUUCUAGCGACACCUUCUAACGACAACCUGUAAUCACACCCUCUAACGACAGAUUCUAGCGACACCUUCUAACGACAACCUGUAAUGACACCCUCUAACGACAGAUUCUAGCGACACCUUCUAACGACAACCUGUAAUCACACCCUCUAACGACAGAUUCUAGCGACACCUUGUAACGACAACCUGUAAUGACACCCUCUAACGGCAGAUUCUAGCGACACCUUGUAACGACAACCUGUAAUGACACCCUCUAACGACAGAUUCUAGCGACACCUUCUAACGACAACCUGUAAUGACACCCUCUAACGACAGAUUCUAGCGACACCUUCUAACGACAACCUGUAAUGACACCCUCUAACGGCAGAUUCUAGCGACACCUUGUAACGACAACCUGUAAUGACACCCUCUAACGACAGAUUCUAGCGACACCUUCUAGCGACAACCUGUAAUUACACCCUCUAACGACAGAUUCUAGCGACACCUUGUAACGACAACCUGUAAUGACACCCUCUAACUGUACCCACUGACGAUUAGUUACUACUCGUGGCUUCUGAAUGACACCUUCUACCUUCCGUAGAGCAUGACCUAGUGAGAAGGACGUUGUUUGACGAAGACACCGAAGAGAGUGUUGCCCAUGCUAACGAUCAAGGCGUAUUGACACUUCAUCUGGAGUUAUUGGUGAAAAAUGUCAACUGUGACGAGAUGUUGAUAUCAAUGUGUUUAAGUAAAGGCUUGAUCACACAAGCAGAAGCUGAGGAGGUAUGUACAAGUAUGAGAUAGUGUAGGGGAAUUACAAAUUUGGGAUAGAGAGGAGGUGUGUACAACUAUGGGACAAUAUGGGAUAGAAGGCAUGUGUGUAGAACUAUGGGAUAUUGGGGAGAUGUGUAAAAUGUGAGAUAGAUUGGGAUAGAGGGAAGGUGUGUACAACUAUACGAUAGAGGGGAGAUGUGUACAGCUAUGUGAUUAGAAAGGAGAUGUGUACAACUAUGGGAUAGUUGCGAAGCGAAUCCGUAUUGAAUGCUCAUUGCUAGAUCAAGGUGGGUAACCUUUUUUCAAAAAUAGCCACAGUUGUGUCGAAUAAAAAAUUAAAUUCGACACAAUAUAUAUAAAUCAUAAAACACUUCUGUUAAAUCAAAUGAGAAGUAUAAAGUAAAACAACGAAUACCCUGUUGGGCCUAGUUUAGCUCAGUUUAGCCUAUUUUAACCCAGUUUAGCCAAGUUUAGCUCAGUUUAGCUCAGUUUAGCAUAGUUUAGCCCAAGCAACUUUUAGUGUAAAAUCUUAAAUUUACAGCGACAUAAUUCCUUUUAGCAUAAUCUAUACAUAAAUCGAUAAAUAAUGAUUUAAUCUUGUUGAAAAGUAAACAUAUGUCAAUCGAUUUCUUAAAAAACUGUUUAAAAACUAAAAUACUAUUUUGUUACAUACAUAACGAUUCUGUGGAAGGUUAAAUACUAAAUCACUUGGGUGCUGGGUGGCCGAGUCAAUCCCAAGCUUGUGGUCUAAAGUUCAAUACACAUCUAAGACCAAGUCAAAGCCAAGAAAAAAACAUCACCAGCUUCUCUAAUGGUGCCAAGCUGUAUCAUACAGAUUUGGUGUCGCUUUUGCUUAUCCAGAUGCGUGGAGAGAAGCGAUUCGCUGUCUAGGGGUUCAGGUUAUCUUCAUAAAGAAAAAUCCCUGGCCUGGUGAUGUCGUCCUGCGAAGUCUGCACCAUCUAACAAUGUGACGACCGGAUGCUUGAAAUUCCAAAAAGCGACAGUUCUUCACUGAGCCAACUUGUUUUAACAGUUUUUUUCCGCCCAUUCUAUCGUUAGAUUCGAGCAAGGAAUACCUAUUCCGGGCAAGGCCGAGCCAUGUAUCGACUGCUUGA